CCCCGAAAAUGUUCGCAGUGAAUAAUCUCUGUUGCAAAAAUCAAAGAAAGAUGCCUUGAUAUUGUCCAAGAGUGUGUUUUUCAGGCUUACAUGCAGCUUGAUUAUGUUUGGUGGUGAUACAAUGGCAGUUACAAGGUUCCAUCCUUAUCAUGGGCAAAAUAUUCGCCUUUUUCAUGAUAAUAUGGUUGCCUUACGUGAGACGAGUUUUGCCCAUGCAUUGACAUUCAGUGAAAAGCAUUUGCAGCCAGGAGAGAUUUUUUUAGUUGAAAUAGAAAAAAAUGAAAGAGGUUGGAGUGGACACAUGAGAAUUGGACUUACACAAUUCAAUCCAUGUGACAAGUUUGAGCUUCCACAGUAUGCAUUGCCUGACUUGCACAAUAUGGGAAAGUCAUGGAUAUUUGCAGUGACAAAGUCACACAAUAAAGUAUACUCUGAACAUGACACGGAGGAAGAAGGUGUGCCAUAUCAGUCAGUAUUGGGCAAUGAUGCAGAGGUUGUGCAUACACCAAGAGGGUCUUUCAGUCGUAGUCUUCUUUUACCUCUUGGGAAAUUAAAUCUGCAGAAUCGCAAUGGUGACAAUAUAAGUGCUUCUCAGAAAGACAAUGUUCUUCCCACUGAUGUUGGGAGUAGAAUAGGAAUUAUGUAUACAGUUGUUGGAAAUUCUGCCGAGAUGCAUUUUAUCAUUAACGGUGAAGACCAAGGACCGUGUGUACGCAAUAUUCCGUAUAAUAAUGGCGCAUUGCAUGCAGUGGUUGAUGUUUAUGGUACAACCAAGCAAGUACGAAUAAUUCAACUGUAUGGAGUGUCAUCAUUACAGAAUGCAUGUCGUAAUAGAAUUUUACAGUUGAUUGCCAAGAAAGACAUUUCUAAUCUUCCAUUGCCUACAAAACUCAAACAGUUCCUCAAUUAUGAAUUAUAGUGCUAGAAUAUAACUAGUCCAAUGACCAUGACAAUUAUUCAUAAUUUUUCAUAAAUGUGUGGAUAUGUCCUUUUCAUUUUGGUUGUUCUGACAUAUAAAGAUUUUGUUAAUUUUAUUUAUACAUACAUAAACAUGUACAUCUUGAUUUAUGCUCAUGGUAUUUGUAAAUAAAAGAAUUGACAUUACACACAAGUUUAAAAUCACUAUUUCUUGAGUUGACUGAAUAACUGUGAAACUUGUUGAUAACACUUUAAUAUAUGACCCUGUUAUGUAUACUCUGACAUGUCUGAGAGGUAGUUCAAAAUGAAUUACCCAAAACAUUAGCAUUCACAAUGAAAAAUAUCCCGAUUGAAGGAUUUUUAACUGAAUUUCCUUGUCUGUACUGUACCUACAUGUAUGUAUUAUAUAAAGCACCUGAACUAUGAUAUUAAAUUGUUUUGAAUCACUGUGACUGACUUUUAAUUUAGAGUGUCUUGGGCUACAUUUUGGUUCUUGGUGCAUAUCUCUAAAUCUUAUGAUUUAAUAUCAAUAUUUCAUCACUACUUACCUUGUACAACACUAUUCAGUGACACUAUGGUCACAAUGACCUACAUGUAUAGUUCACAUUAAAGUGAUUUUUUGUAAGGUUUUUCAAUAAGAUCCAUUUCCCAAAACCUACAGUCUUAAUGUUCAACAAAAUUUAGGUCAGUGUGAUCAAAUUUUUGAAAAUUGGAUGUCUUUGGUUGAAUUUUGUUGCUAAGUUCAUUUCUCAGGAGCUUAUAGUAGUGCAAUGUAUAGCAAAUACCUAUCACUACUAUAGUGGUCUUGCAUAGUAAAAUAUUGUUAACAAAUUUAGGUCACUUUGACCAAACUUUUGUUUAUAUUAUUUAAAGCAGGACAUCCCAGUUUUAUAGAUAUGUAAUCUAGUUUAAAAGACAAACAUAUUUGAUUUGCCAUAUUUAUAAAUGAAUUGGCAUCACUUACUCUUACCUCGAUUGUUUUCAUUUCCAUAAAAUGAUCUUCCAAGUUAUUUAUAGAAUUUCAAUAAUGUGAACCUCUGUUUCAGAAAUUUUGAGAUACAAAAUGUUUUAUCACUGCAGUCAUUUGUUAUUUUAUACACUGCGAUUGCAUGUAAUGAAAAAUUGUAUAUACAUAUCUCUUGGCCAGUAUAUACAUGAAUGUUUAGUAUACAUGUACAUGUAUGUUUGAAAUGGCAUGUGUUGGAGUGAUUUUUGCUUGUUUUUUUUCAUUAUUUUGUAGUAUAAAUGUUAAGUUGAUACAUCAGAUAUCAUUAAGAGAUAUUAUACUGGUUUUUUCCCUAAUAUUUUCAUUCAUAUAUAUUUUUUUAUAUUGAUGCAUUGUUAUUUACUAGGUGCAUUUUUUAAGUGCUAACAUUAUAUAUAGACAUCCUCUUUUCACAACUAAAUCAUUUCAAUUAAUAUCACAUUUCUGCAAAUACUUAUACAUUUCAAUUUUUUAAAAAUAUAUGAUUAACACUAAACAUUAGAUUUAUUUUUUAUUUUAUUGUUUUCUGGGAAACUGUCUCUGAUGUUUAUCCCAAAUCUUGUUUUAUUUGUAAAACUAAAUUUCUUUAUUAUAUAAAUACAUAAUAAAAACUAUUAGAAUUAUUGUAAUACAUUUCAAACAUAUUUGCACAAUUUCCCACUGCAACAUUCAAAUAAUAAAAUCAGAACUAAAUUAAAGGUAUACAGGAUUAGAAAUUUAACUGUUUUUGUCACACCUGAGACAUAAAGAUGCUAAAACAAUGGCGUCAUCAUAAACUACUUGUAUAAAGUAUUGUUGUAAGAGCUGGAUAGUCCAUAUCUCCAUACAGAUGUUGAAUGAUUUAAAUUUCCAUAUAGCAUAUGUUUGUUGUCCUCAACCUCAUUUUCAUGGUCAAGAGACUGUUUAAAACUUUUUUUAUCAUGAGAUUUUUUUUUAAUUAUGAUAAUAGUAAAAGGUCAUCUAUAUUUGGUAAUUUUAAUAUCAUAACAUUUUUUCAAUCCAAUUAAAAUAAAAUCCUUUAAUUGCUCCAGUUCUGAUAUGUCGUGCAUUAAUAAAGAAUAUUGUUGCUUCAUACAUGUAUGAAUUAUAUGUUAAGCAAGAAAUGAAUUUAGCUAUUCCGAUCCAAGAAUAGGGAAUUUAUUUUUUGUUGAUUAUUGGUAAAAGUUUAUACUAAUAUACUCAUGUUAGAACUUAAUGCAGAUAACUGUUAUUGUGUAUAUAUGUUGGUAAAUUCAUUAUUUUUUAUUCUUUUGUUGCAGAAAAUAUUUUUGUAUAGAUGUACAAUGUUAUAUGAAGCUCAAACAGUGGGCUAUAACCACUACUUCACAUUAAUCAUUAAUAUCAGUAAUGUAAUGUAGAGAUAAUUUAUUUCUCGGACAGCAUUUUUUAUAGUUUUUUUCUUUCGAAAAUUCUCUUUUCAUUUUCUUUUCUUCUUUCAAUUUGGAUAAAAAAGAAUCAUUACUUAUAUGAGUAAUCACAGACAUGUUAAGAUAAAAUGUAUCCAGAGCUAUAUAAUGUCUGAUCUACUCAUUCUGUAAGGUUGAACUGGUGUAAACCAGAUUGAUAAAUUUUGAUAAACCAAUCAUUAAUAAAAUUGUCUUGUGUAAUUUCCCGCCAUAUCAGUUUCAAACAUUAAACUUGGCAUUUUUCAUUAAAUCAUUUGGGAAACAGAUUCUACCACUCUUGAUUUUAAAAUUUUGAAAUGCUCUGAAAACCUCACAUUAAAAUCUUGAAAAUUUGAACAUCUUGAGGUGACAAAUAACAUAAUUAAAGGGGGUUUUGUGGUAGAACUUAUAUGUCAAACAUAUUUUGACAGCAACCUGUAUAAAACUCUUUGAUCAAUUAAGUCUAUUUGAAAAUAAAUAUAUAGAAAUACUUGAA